UCUCCCCCGGGGUCUCCCGCUCGCUCCCGCCUGCGCCGCGCGCGUUCCACGUGCUCCCGCCGCGCAUCGCCAGCGCCGCUGCGGAUAAAUAAGGACCCCUCCCCCAACCCGGUCAAGUCCCGCCCCGCGCCGAUCGAAUCCCGGUUUCGCUCUCCCGAUCACCCCUUGGAUCUCUUCUCGGAUUCCGCGGGUCCUGCAAUCCCAUCGCCGGUCGAUUCCCCGGCGGCGCCUCUCGGUCGGUCCCCGCCAUGACGGCGGUGGGGCUCCCGAUCGAGCCGCUGGGCGGGUGGCGGAUGGGCGGGGCGGGCGAGGAGGACGAGGGCGGGCGAGGGGCGCGGGGGGAGGAGGAAGAGGACAGCAAGGACGAGGACUGGGCGGUCGGGCAGGAGAGGAGGAGCAGGGGGAAGCGGAAGAGGCCCGCGCCGCGGGGGCGCACGGGAGCCGGGCUGGGGCCCAACAAGCGGCGGCGCGCCGCGGCGGCGGUGGCGCCCGAGCCGCCGCGACCGGAGACUGCCGAGCCUUCGCCGGAGGAAGGUGCCAGUGCUGCUGCUGCGGCGGCGGCGGCGGAAGACGGGGUGGGGAAGGCGGACGGGGAGUACGUGGCUCCGAGCGCCAGCGGCAGAGGCGGGAGGGGCGGGAGGUCGUGCCACCAGUGCAAGAGGGUGAGGCAGAGCCCGGGGGAGAUGAUCAGGUGCGGGCGGUGCGACCAGAAGGUCUACUGCGCCACCUGCGUCAGGAACAGGUACCCGACGAUGUCGGAGGCGGAGGUAAGGGAGCAGUGCCCGUUCUGCCGUGGAGUCUGCAUCUGUACGCGGUGCGCUGCCAAGGAUAAGCAGGUUGGGCCCGAGAGCUCGGUUUUGAAGAAAUGCAAUAGCAAUGGAUCAGCUACAAGAAAAAAGAGGCCCGCUUCUGCAGGAGUGAAGUCACCCAGGGCUCGUAAUGUGGCAAGACGGACUAAAGGAAUUGACCACUCCUUUGCGAGGACAAAUAGGAUGAAUAAUGCACUUGCCAUGUUGGAUGAGGUGGAUACAUCAGAUGUGACCACUGAUGAGGUCGAUCCUGAAACAAAACGCAAAUAUGCCAGCUACCUGUUGCACUACCUGUUGCCAUGUUUGACACAGAUCAACAAGGACCAGAUGGAAGAAAGAGAAGUGGAGGCCAGGAUUCAAGGAUUGGAAUUGUCAGAAUUGAGUGUCGAGAAAGCUGACACCUGGAGUGAUGAGAGGGUGUUCUGUGACAAUUGCAGAACAUCAAUAUUUGAUCUACACAGAAGCUGCCCAAACUGCUCUUACGACUUAUGCAUCGUCUGUUGUAAGGAGCUUCGUGAACGCCAUCUUCAGGGUUCCUGUCAGGAGGCACCGGUAAAUUAUCCUGAAAGAGAAUCUGACUAUAUGCAUGGUGGUGAUUCUGAUCCAUUGCCCAAUUCCAAUUUAAUCAAAGAAACAGGUUUGCCUAGUCACCAAUCUGAGUGUAUCAAGUCGGAAGCUGAUCCUGACAGGACCAUACAUUGCCCUCCAUCUGAACUUGGUGUGUGUGGCAAUGACUAUAUGCAUGAUGGUGAUCCUGAUCCACCGCCCGAUUCCAAUUUAAUCAAUUACAAGAAAACAGGUUUGUCUAAUCACCACUCUCAGUCUAUAAAGUGGGAAGCUGAUCCUGACGGAAUCAUUCAUUGCCCUCCAUCUGAACUUGGUGGAUGUGGCAACGGUGUUCUUAAUUUGAGAGAAAUUUUUGAAAAAGAUAAGUUAAGUGAGCUCGAAAUUUUGGCUUUGCAAAUGAGCAAGCAGCUACAACCUUCUGAUAUCAUCAGUAAAGAUACAUGCGAAUGCUCAUGUUCAGCUAAUCAUGAAAGUUCAAGGAAAGCUGCCACCAGAGAAAAUUCAACAGAUAACUGCAUAUAUUGUCCCAUAUCAGAUGACAAGAAGCCAGAUGAUCUGAAGCACUUCCAGAAGCACUGGGUGAAAGGAGAACCUGUAAUUGUGCAAGGGGUACUCAAGAAAAUGUCUCAUUUCAGCUGGGAGCCACCAGAUAUGUGGUCUGCUAUACAUGGCACCAAUACUGGUUCUGAGAUGAAAAUGGUGAAAGCCAUUGACUGUCUGUCUUGCUGUGAGGUCGAGAUAUGCACCAAUGACUUUUUUAAAGGGUAUUAUGAAGGUCGGAUGUAUCACAAUCUUUGGCCUGAAAUGCUUAAAUUAAAGGACUGGCCUACUUCAAAUCACUUUGAAAAUAUUCUGCCUUCCCAUGGAAGGAAAUACAUCAAUUCCUUGCCAUUUCAGCCAUAUACAAAUUUGAAAUCUGGCUUGCUAAAUGUCUCUGCGUUGCUUCCUGGUGACAUCUUAAAGCUUGACAUGGGCCCAAAAUCAUAUAUAGCUUAUGGGUAUGCACAGGAACUAGGCAGAGGAGAUUCUGUUACAAAGCUUCAUUGUGAUUUAUCUGAUGCGGUCAAUGUUUUGAUGCAUACUUGUAAAGUUAACCCCUCUGAAGAACAACAACAGGAGAUAAGAAACUUGAAAAGAAGACAUACAGAACAGGAUAAAAAGGAGAACGUAGCAAUAGAUGGAAAUGAUACAAGCACGGAACAUGCAGAUAUAUCCCCUGUUUAUUGCACGGAUGAUGGGGAAGGUGCAUUAUGGGAUAUUUUCAGGAGGGAGGAUGUUGGAAAACUAAAAGAAUACCUCAUAAAACAUUCCAAAGAAUUUCGCCAUAUUUACUGUUCUCCAGUUGAAAAGACUUUUAACCCUGUGCAUGAUGAAACAUUUUAUCUAACAAACAAACACAAGAGGAAGCUCAAAGAGGAGUAUGGAAUCGAACCAUGGACGUUUGUACAAAGACUUGGAGAAGCGGUUUUUAUACCCGCGGGUUGUCCUCAUCAAGUAAGGAAUCUCAAGUCUUGCACCAAGAUUGCUCUGGACUUUGUAUCUCCAGAGAACAUUCAGCACUGUCUUAGCUUAACAGAGGAUUUCCGCAGGCUUCCAAAGAAGCACACGGCGAAAGAAGAUAAACUAGAGGAAGGUAGGGGUCGGUGCGAUCGCACGGGGCGUACUCCUUCAAGCCUGGGCCUGCUGAAGAAGCUCGGCUGCAGCUCCCUCACUGCCGUUGUCGCCAUCAUCGUUGUCCUCCUCGUCAGCAGCUCCGGUGAAGGCGAGGUGAAGAAGAUGAUCGUCUAUGCCGUCGAGCAUGCUUUGCAGGUUCUGAAGGAGCCUUGCUCAUCACCGGAGCCGGAGGCCGCCUCACAUUGUCCGCGAGACAGCAAAGGAGGUGACGAAUCGUGUGCACUGGAGAAUGUACAGUAGCUAGGUUCGUUGUCACAAAUAAUCUGAGAAGGGUAGAUUUUCCAGAUGUUGUAUACUUGUGUUCCUAGAGAGCUUGGUGUACCGGAAAAUUAAGGGUGUGUUUGGUUGGAUUUUUGCAUCUGCUUUUGCUUUUGCAAAAGCCAAAACUCAAACAAAGCGCUUUUGCAAACGCUCUAGGUACUUUUGCCCAAAAGCAGCUUUCAUCCUAAUACAAAUGCAAAAACACCUCCCCCCUGCUUUCAGUGGCUUUUGAGGUAAAAAAUUACCCACCUACCACUAAUUACGGAAAAAACGAUUCGUCUUAUUCACCUCCUGUCCCCAUCCGCUCUAGUUGAAAGAAUGAGAUAACUCCGACCCUCACUCGGGCCAUUCAUAUCACAUCCGACUAUACGAGCGAUUAGAUCGUUGCUCUUGUGCACUUCACACUACAUUUUUUGAAGAAAAGUAUGUUUUUCGAGAAAUCUUAAUAGCUACCCUCGUACUUCUACCUUACAACUAGGUUCGCUUUUCCAACGUAAUAGAGUAAGAGGUGGGCAUCUACACAAAAUGGCUUAUUGUGUGUAUCGCGAAAUCCAAGUGACAUAUGGAGUAGUUAUGCUAUUAUUCCAUAUAGGAAGUUACAAAAGGUAAUACAUGUGAAAAAUAAUCAAACAAUGUAUGAACAAAAACACAUGUUUAAAAGCAUAUAAAAACAAAUUUUGUACACCCUCUAUCUAAAAAAAAUCAAUUUAUAGGCUUGUAUUUCAUUGUCCCUCAUGUGGGGGUGUAAAUGGUAUGGAUAUUAUCCAUCCAUAUCCGAUUUGUUAUUCGAUGGGAGGCAGACAUCUGUUCGUAUCAGAGUCCGGAUAUUCAGUGUACGACGCUAAUCCGAAUACUCAAAAUAUGUAGAUGAUGUCGAUAUCCAUUCAUAUCAUAUUGGCAUAGCUAACACUAUAUGUACCCGAAUUCAAAUCCGAGAAAACAAUAACUACCUGUAUUUGUAUCUAUAGGUAUCCAUCAGUAUGUGAUCCAUUUGCAGCCCAACCCCCAUCAAUUUGACACACCACUUAUCCAUUCAUCCAAUCAUAUGAUUAUGCUUUAAUUGUGUGCAUCGAUCUAUGAACUGCGAAUUAAACUAGUUUCGGCUAUCGAAACGUCAACGACACUUUUUGGAGAGGGAACACAAGAUUAUUAUAGGACAAAAAGGUCUUUUUUCUCAUGAUGCUAAGCUGUCAAAAUCUUCCUAUAGAUUCAUUUAAGGAAUUUGAGACGGAGGGAGAUUUUAGGAUUUCACUUUUCCCUAGCAAAUCUAGAUCAACAUGAACAUUUAGCUCUCCACUUAGAAAAUUAUAUGAAGGAAACAACAAAACUGAAAGAGGAAAAACAUACAGACACAAGAAAAGAGGUCACAAGAAUACAUAUCCAUCUUUCAAUCCAAAUAUUGACUUUUUCCCUUAGAUUAAGAGGAGUAAAUCAAAAGAGAGGAGUGGAGAAUAACAAACAAAAGAAGUGACCCUCCAAUCAAAAAAAAAAACUCGGAAGAUCUAAGUCUUGAAAGAGAAGGGUAGGCAUACCUUCAGAUCCCAAAAGGCAACAUGAAGCAACGGGUUCGUUGGGGUCGAUGGCUUUUAUAUAUAGGCCCGUCGCCCUCC